CCCGGAUGGUCUAGUCACCUUCAAGUCUUUGGCUUUUCUCCGUCGUUUCUCACGUUGAGUGCGUUAUUUACUGGUAAAGCGGAUUGAUUCGUAUUAUCAUUUUUCUCCGUGAUGGCUUCCGAAAGUGAGACUUCAACCGGGGCACCCCCAGAAGAGGAAACGACAUCAAACACAAGAGACUUCGAAUGUAACAUUUGCCUUGAUAUGGCGAAAGAUGCCGUUGUCAGCAGAUGCGGACAUUUGUUCUGCUGGCCAUGUCUUUAUCAGUGGCUAGAAACUCGUCCUCACAAUCCUGUCUGCCCAGUCUGUAAGGGAGCCAUCGAUAGGGACAGUGUUGUGCCGUUGUAUGGUAGAGGGGAUGCAAACCAGAGAGACCCCAGAGACAAAAUGCCCCCAAGACCACAAGCAGAGAGACAAGAACGUCCGCGAAAUGAAGGGGUAUGGGCUAACAACAUGUUUGAUUUACCGGGAUUCCACGUUUCCUUUGGUCUUCCCUUCCACUUUGGCCUGACUGCAGCUUUUGGAGGGACAGCAGGACAAAAUCCACAACAGCCAGACCCACAAGAGCGUUUUCUGUCACAAAUAUUCAUGGCCCUUGGUGCACUAUUCUUGUUUUGGAUCAUAAUGCAAACAGGAUGACCAAUCAACUGUGCUGUUAUUACAAAUAAUUGCAAAUAGUUUGCUUUGGUUACGGGUAGUCUAGGCGAGUGUUUUAGGCAUGGGUGGAAAAGAAAUUGUAUUGCUGUAUUAUUGAUCUUAUUUCUGAAUCUUCA